CCUGGCGGCUCGGAGUGAGGCGCGUCCCCGCCGCGGAGCGUCCUUGGAAUCUUCCGUUUUACCGGCAUAAUUCUGAAUUUUCCCUCCCGGUCCGCGCUAAACCACGCUGAGGAGGCUGCGUGGCGCGGUGGGAGUAGCGGAAGAGCCUCGUUUGCCCUCAGUGCCGCGCUGCCCUCACGGAGCGGAGCCGCGGAUUUUGCCAUGGCUGCCGCAGUGGUGUGGCGCCGCGGGGCCGCCUGGCUGAGGAGCUGCCGAGCGAACCGGGAGCUCCCCGGUGUGCCCCGGGCCAGGGGCUGUGCUGGCUCCCGGGAGGUGGUGCCGACCUGCGAGCGGUACGCGGUGCGCAGGCUGCCCUUUGCUCGGCUGGCCGAUGGCGAUGUGGCGUUCUUCGAGCGCCUCAUGCCCGGCAGGGUCAUCACCGGAGAGGAGGAGGUGAAGCCAUUUAAUGUGGACUGGCUGAAGUCGGUGCGAGGCUGCAGCCAGCUGGUGUUGAAGCCCCAGACAACGGCAGAGGUGUCUCAGAUUCUCAGGUACUGCCAUGAGAGGAACCUGGCAGUGAACCCUCAGGGAGGAAACACAGGCCUUGUUGGGGGCAGCGUUCCUGUCUUUGAUGAGAUCAUUCUCUCCACUGCUCUCAUGAACCAGAUCAUCAGCUUUGACAAGGUGUCUGGAAUCCUUGUGUGCCAGGCAGGCUGUGUGCUGGAGAGUCUCAGUGAGUACCUGGAGGAGCAGGGCUUCAUCAUGCCCCUGGACCUGGGAGCCAAGGGCAGCUGCCACAUCGGGGGCAACGUGGCCACCAACGCCGGUGGCUUGCGGCUCCUGAGGUACGGCUCUCUGCGAGGGACCGUGCUGGGCCUGCAAGUGGUGCUGGCUGAUGGCUCAGCUCUGGACUGCCUGACCUCUCUGCGCAAAGAUAACACGGGCUAUGACCUCAAGCAGCUCUUCAUCGGAUCCGAGGGCACCUUGGGAGUUAUCACUGCUGUCUCCAUCCUCUGUCCUCAGAGGCCUAAGGCUGUGAAUGUGGCAUUCCUAGGGUGUCAGAGUUUUGCCAAGGUUCUGGAAACAUUCACAACCUGCAGAGCCAUGCUGGGUGAGAUCCUGUCUGCCUACGAGUUCAUGGAUGAGAAGUGCAUGGAACUGGUUGAGACACACCUCAAGCUGUCCAGCCCAGUGGCAGACAGCCCUUUUUAUGUUUUAAUUGAAACUUCGGGCUCCAACUCAACUCAUGAUGAAGAAAAAUUGCACAACUUCCUAGAGCGGGCCAUGGCUUCUGGUUUGGUCACUGAUGGAACUGUGGCAACGGACGAGAAGAAAAUAAAGGUGCUGUGGAGCCUGCGGGAGAGGAUCACCGAGGCCCUCACUCACGAGGGUUACGUGUACAAGUACGACAUCUCCCUGCCUGUGGGGAAGCUCUAUGACCUUGUCACUGACAUGAGGGCUCGGCUGGGCCAGAGUGCCAAAAACGUGGUGGGCUAUGGCCACUUGGGAGAUGGGAACUUGCACCUGAACAUCACUGCAGAGUCCUACAGCCAUUCCCUGCUGGAGGCCAUCGAGCCCUUCGUGUACGAGUGGACUGCGAGGUGCAGUGGGAGCAUCAGUGCAGAGCACGGGCUGGGCUUCAAGAAGAGACACUUCAUUCACUACAGCAAACCCCACGAGGCAGUGCUGCUCAUGCAGCAGUUCAAAGCCAUGCUGGACCCCAAAGGGAUCCUCAACCCCUACAAGACUCUGCCCUCAGCUCCCGACAGGAGCGCGUGCUGAGGAGGCAGCAGAGCAGCUCCAGCUCUGCACCUGCACUUGGGCCAUAAGCACUCUGGAUCAGCAAGAACAUGGAGUGCUCCAUGUUUGAUUUUGUUAUGGGGAUGGAACAAGUAAAGGAAUGGGGUUGCUCUUGCUGAAGAGCACACUGCUGGGUUUCCUACUUAGUGUGAACACUGAAACCAAGCACUGUGUGUGUGUAUGAGUAUUCCAACUCUGUCCCCUUGGGUUUGCUUUGAUUUAUCAGUGACCAAAGGAGGCAUUUUCUCACUUGGGCUGUGCAAGUGAAGCAUCAGAGAC